AGAAAAGAUUGAUAACUAUGGUUUUGUAUAAAUUCAUGAAAAGCAAAUUUGUACCUAAGAAUCACAUAUGUAGUGUCGUUUAUUUAUAUUAGACAGCUACUACAUAAAAUUAACCCAUUUGCAUCAUUUGGACAAAUGGAGAAUUGGUCCAUAUCAUCAAAAGUGUACAUAUGUAGGACAUCUAGAAAAAAGUAGUUGAUUUUUUAUGUGUUUCUGAACAACAAUUUCCUUUAGCAAAAUGCAAAGUGAAGAAUAGUUUUUGAAUUAUUAAAGAAAAUCACUGACCAAUGAGAGCAUGCGUAGGGCCCGCCCUCAGCGACGGGUAGGUUGGCUCGGAUAGUGACGCUCGGCCGUUGGUCAACGCGGGCCCUACGAGUCCUCCCAUUGGUUAAGUGUUUUUCGUUAACAAUUCAAAAACCAUGCCUCACUUUGCAUUUGGCCAAAGGAAAUUAUUGUUCACAAUCGCCCCUCUUUGACUCUGACACUUUUUGUAGGACAUUUUGUUUGAGCUUAUGACGCAAAUGGGUUAAGCAUUGAGCUAUAUAAAACAUCUGGAGUGUGAACGAAUGGGGGGGGGGGGUACGUUCGCCGACGAAGAGGAACCGUGAAGGAAUCUCUUUCUCUUUUUAGGUGUAUAAUGCAUGUUUUCUGAACCUGAACUCGAACGCGUAUAUGUCGAGUGAUUGACAAUGUUAUAAAUUCAAGUGAUUCGAUAGAAUACUGAACUUCUAUCCCCACCAUAGUUAAAUUUACUACACGAUAAUACAAAUAGAGAGAGAGAAUAUAAAAAGAAGGACAGAGAUCCCCCAUAGCUUCUCGCUUCUUGGAGCAUCAUCGCUACUCUUCUAUCUUACGACUUUUAACAGCCGCGCACACUCCAGAUAUUUUAUAUAACUCAAUGGGGUUAAGAACCCGCUAACAAACGUCAUCCAUGUUUCUUUUUAAUGCGCUUGUAGUAUGUAUUAUGGCAGAUACUUAAAUUACUACUACUACUACUACUACUAAUGCUACUAUUACUACUAGAUAGACGCGAGAUAAUCAUCUAAACUAUGGAAUGAUUUACUAAUCCAAAAUUUAGGUGUCCAGAAUUUGUAUCGUAACGAUUAUUUUGAUGAUUUGGAUUAUUUAUACGACCGAGGAAUGGAGAAUGAUUUGGAAGACGAUUUUGUUAUUACCCAGCGGCGUCAUAAGGAGCGCGCUGCCGCUGCUUUCGCUGAAGACUUGGCCGACCUGAGGCGCAAACGAAGAGACAUGCAGGAUCGAUUCUUCGAUGUGAUCAAUUUGGACGCGGAGAUCGAGAAGGCUAGGAACACGUUGGAACAGGCAGACUUUGCGUUCCAACGACACGCAACAAAAUUCGAUAACACUGAAGAGAACUGCGACGAUUUAUCAUCGAAAAAGUUCAUCCAUCUCGAAGGAUUGUCACCAAAGCCAGUGCCUAAAACCAUAAAACUAGUAAAGGUGCCUAACAUCGAUAUGACGUCGUACCUGCCACAGCCUGCGAAAUCGAAACGCGUCCGAGCUAAGAUCGACGAUAACGCGGAUUCAAAAAUCGAAGAUCCGUUAAACGUAGUCGCUAUGCUACCGUUGAAAAGGAGAUUCUCCAAUAGAAAGAAGAACGUUUCGUUUUAAACGAACGUCAGAGGAAUGAGGCAAAGGAAAAAAGACAAAGUAUCGUUUAAGACUAUCGUUUCGUUUAGCUUAGGUAACGACGACGACCAAACAUUGUAACGGCUUUCGUACGAUUAAAUAAAAAAUUAGAAAAGAAUAA